ACAGUGUGAAUGUGAGGUUGGUUGGUGGACACAGUCGCUGUGCUGGUAGAGUGGAGGUUCAUCAUAGAGGUCAGUGGGGAACAGUGUGUGAUUCUGGUUGGGAUUUGGCUGAUGCUGCAGUGGUGUGUAGAGAACUGGACUGUGGAAAACCCGUAGAUGCUCUGGGUGAUGCUUAUUUUGGACCAGGAUCAGGACCAAUCUGGUUUACAGGCACAAUAUGUACUGGAUCAGAGUCAACACUAAAGAGCUGUGGAACAAUAAAAAUGAAAAUGUCUGAAUGUAAUCAUGCCAAUGAUGCUUCAGUAAUCUGCUCAGAGGUCAGGCUGGUUGGAGGUUCUCGCUGCUCUGGGAGGUUAGAGAUACUUCAUGAUCAGUCAUGGAUGUCAGUGUGUGAUGCUGCCUUUGACCAGCAGGAUGCAGAGGUUGUGUGUAGAGAGCUGGACUGUGGGGCUCCUGUACAGGUGCUGGGAGCAGCUGCAUUUGGCAAAGGAGAUGGUCAUAUUUGGACACAAGAGAUUCACUGUAGAGGAAAUGAAUCUCAGAUUCACCUCUGUCCAACAUCCUCACACCAACUCCACUGCUCCCAUGAAAAUGAUAAAGGGCUGGUUUGUGCUGGCAUAAUAAAAGUAAAACUAGUAAAUGGUAAAAGCCCUUGUGCUGGUAGAGUGGAGCUUCUUCAUAGAGGUCAGUGGGGAACAGUGUGUGAUUCUGGUUGGGAUUUGGCUGAUGCUGCAGUGGUGUGUAGAGAACUGGACUGUGGAGCACCUGUAGAUGCUCUGGGUGAUGCUCAUUUUGGUGAAGGAUCAGGACCAAUCUGGAUGAGUUUAGCAUUAUGUACUGGAUCUGAAUCCACCCUCAAGGACU